AUGGAGGCGAGCGGCGCCGCGGCCGCGCCCGCCUCCGCCUCCGCUGCCGCCUCCGCGUCCGCCGCCGCCGCCGCCGCCGACGAUGAUAAACGAAAAGAGGGCGAGCCGGGCGGCGGGGCGGAGCGCGGGGAGGGGCGGCAGCCGGUGCCGGGCGUGCUGCUGAUGGAGUACCACCAGCGCGCGGGGCAGCCGCCCCCGCCCCCGCCCACCGGAGUGAGCGAGACGAGUGCCACGGGCGGGGCAGGGGGCGCGGCGGGGGGAGCGGGCGCGGCGGCGGCGGGGGGAGGGGGCGGGGGAGGCUCCCCCGGCGCCAAGGAUCAGCUCCUCUACCUGGCGCAGCUGCUCGGGUUCACCGUGCAGUUUUCAGACUUUCCCAAGGCGUUAUAA